CACAAAGCCUCGCUCAUGAAUAUGAUUAUGCUGACGCUGGAGUAGCACAAUUGGGCUAGGAACAAUGACAGUGUUCUCUAUCUGAAACACGGGUAUCAUAUUCUAGGAGUCUUGCGAUAUCUGUCUAAAUCCGACCUGAUAUAUCUCACUUAACCGCCGUGAUCUUUGUAGGAUUCUCAAUAUGAGAUCCAUCAAGCGGAUACACCCAACGAGCGACGAGACUCCGCCGUGGGCAGGCAUGGCUUUCACUCAGCCACUCGAUUCUGAUGCUCUACACGAACUUCUGAAAAGCCAAUAUCCACAAUGUACCAGUAUGCGCCAGCGGAAGCAUUUGGCCGCCAUAGACUUUUUGAACCGCGAACUUGAGUCGAUGCAGAACGAAGCUAUGGUUCUUCAAGCGUCCCAUCCAGGUCUCGAGGAACUGGAUGUGUGCAAGCAUCAAAGAAGCCUUUCACCUUCCCUGUCACAUAGCAGUUCGUAUAAGUCGCCGGCACUUGUGGAGCAUCAUUCACAGCAGUCUCCUACCAUCACCAAGAUUGCAACUGGUCAGCAACACGUGUUUAGUAUUGUGGAUGGAGGGCUUGCGAUACAGCCCAAGAAGAAGCGCAAGAUGACACCCGCAGAACGAUCUGCCUAUAAGACUACAAGAAAAAUCGGUGCUUGUGAUAAGUGCAAGCGCCAGAAGGGCAAGUGCACUCACGUCAUCGCAACCCUCAUGCCUGUAGGAAAGACCCUCCGGGAUGACGACAUUACCUUGCAAAGGUCAGUAGUGAUGUUGAAUGUCAGUAAUCAGCUAUCAUAAUGCUAAGCCGAUGUGUUAAGACCCGAGGCAACGCUGCCGGCUACAAUGGCCACGCACAACGAUCAAGAUCUGGCUCGAGCUCGCAAGGACGCAAAAGACUCAUCGCAGUCAGUCACAGCACGAAGCAGCCCGCAGUGGGCUCAAGAGACUCAGGGAAUUCAGCAAGGCGAUCAGUCAGAGAUU